AUGUCUCCACCACUUCUCAUCAAAAACGGAACUGUUGUGAACGAAGAUGGAAUGUUCAAGGCUGAUGUUCUGGCCAAGAACGGAAUCAUUGUGUAACUCGGGUCUGGCUUGUUUCCUCUAUUUCUGUAUUCCAGCGAAGUGGCUCCUUCGAUCAAUGCUCUUCCCGAAAUGGAGGUGAUUGAUGCGACGGAUCGUCUCGUGAUUCCCGGUGGAAUAAAUCCGCACACUCACAUGCAGAUGCCUUUUAUGGGAGAAGUGACGAAGGACGACUUUCUGAAAGGAACGGAAGCCGCAGUCGCCGGCGGAACAACCAUGAUCAUCGACUUUUGUGUGCCGGACCACCGGAACGGAGAGUCUCUCGUGGCCGGAUACCACAAAUGGAGGGGGUGGGCGGAUCCAAAGGUCUGCUGCGACUAUGCUCUUUCUGUUGCGAUCACCAAGUGGAGACCCGAGACAGCCGAACAAAUGACAAUCAUAACCAGCAAGGAUUACGGUAUCCUAGUUGACUUUUGCUGUUGUAUUAUUAUUAUCCAUUUCUGCCGAACAGGUAUCAACUCAUUCAAAUUCUACAUGGCCUACGAAGGAACUCUGAUGGUGCACGACGACGAACUGUACAGAGGAAUGCAAGAGUGCGCGAAGCUGCGGGCGCUUGCUCGAGUGCACGCAGAAAAUGGAAGUGUGAUCAAGGAGAAGGAAGUGGAUCUGCUGGCGAAAGGAGUCACGGGACCAGAGGGACACACUCAAAGCCGGCCGGAAGAAGUAUUUGAAUUGGAAAAUGAUAGAGAGAAAACACUUGGAAUGCAAUUCAGAUUGAGGCGGAAGCCACAAACCGUGCUUGUGUUCUCGCCUCGCAGGCCAACUGUCCGUUGUACGUGGUGCACGUGAUGACGAGAGGCGCCGCCGCCGCCAUCGCCCACCACCGAGCACAGGGAGCAAUUGUGUUCGGAGAGCCGAUCGCCGCCGGACUGGCACUGGAUGGAUCUCACUAUUACGACAAGGACUGGCUGCAUGCCGCCCGUUACGUGAUGUCCCCGCCGUUGAGCAGAGAUCCGACGACUCCGGAGCUUCUGAUGAAACUUCUCGCGGCGUGAGUGUUCCAGAAAAUGAGCAAAGAGAAAGUGUUGUUUUCAGAGGAGAGCUUCACUUGACAGGAACUGACAAUUGCACCUAUGAUUGUAGACAAAAGUCAUUGGGAAAGUGAGUUGGAAAUGAAAGUGAGGCGAGUUUUGUAAUUGACUUCAUUUCAGGGGUAACUUUACAAAGAUCCCGAAUGGAAUCAAUGGGGUCGAGGACAGAAUGUCAGUUGUUUGGGAAAAGGGAGUGCAUUCUGGAAUCAUCGACCCGAUGAGAUACGUGUCGAUCACAAGUGCCACUGCCGCCAAGAUCUUCAAUAUUUAUCCGAAGAAAGGGAGAAUCGCCGUCGGAUCCGAUGCCGAUAUUGUCGUUUUCAAUCCGAACGUGAUCAGAACCAUCUCAAAAGAGACUCAUCAUCACGUCAGUUCCGAGUGAAUCCGCAUAAAAGUGUUCAGUUUCAGAAUCUUGACUUCAAUAUAUUCGAGGGGAUCAAGUGUCACGGAGUGGCCGAGACGACAAUCUCGCGAGGAAGAAUUGUGUGGGCGCACGGGAAGCUGCAGACUGUGCCCGGAUCGGGGCGGUUCGUGCCGCUUCCGACCAAUUCUCCGUUCGUUUUCGCUUCCCACGAAAAGAGAGCCGAACGAAACGAGCCAAGAAAAGUGGAGAGAUUCGACGAGUAA